AGAGGGAACUCCCAAAUUCAAGUGUUAGAUGAGGUCACACGCCCGCCAGCAGCUUCAGGGCAUGGGAGACUGUUGCCAAGAGGAGGGAAGGUGGCAGCUCCAGUGGUGUGAUCCCCCCAGAGAGGCGAAGGUGCUGGACUCCCAGCUGUGCUCUCCAGACCACUCCAGCCCCUCUGGACUUUGAUCUGUGCACUCGAACAAGCUGGAAACGCUUUGCAAGCCCAGUCCAGCCAUGAGCUGCUGAGGAGAUCAGGGGAGUGGAGAGCAGUCUGAAGACCUUCAGACCCAUCCAAAACCUCCUUUCCUGGAGCCAGCCUGCAGGGAAUCCUGCCUCCCCAUCUGUUGAUUUUCUGCAGAUGUGCUGGUAUCCAGGAUGGAGAGAGAAGAGAGUGAGACCCUGGCCAAUGAGGUGGAGGAGAUGAGUGGAAGAGCCGACGUGACCCUGGACCCAGACACCGCCAACCCCUUCCUCAUCCUGGCUGGCGACCAGCGAGGCGUGGGACGGGGGGAUGAGUGGACUUCGCUGCCCAACAACCCCGAGCGGUUCGACACGGAGCCGUGUGUGCUGGGCAGCCAGGGCUUCACCGCAGGGAGGCACUGCUGGGAGGUGGAGGUGGCCAAGGCGGGGGACUGGUGGGCUGUGGGGGUGGCCCAGGAGUCUGUCAGGAGGAAAGGGGUCCUCAGUUUUACCCCCCAGGAGGGGAUCUGGGCCGUGGGGCAGUGGUUUGGACAAUACCAUGCUUUCACUGAUCCUGACUGGACCCCCCUGCACCUUGCCUGCCUCCCCAGGGCCAUCCAGGUCUGCCUGGACUUCACAGACGGGCAGGUGGCAUUUGCCGAUGCUGAAAACAAAGCCCAAAUCUUUGCUUUCUGCCUGGCUUCAUGUCCUGGGGAGAGGCUAUGCCCAUGGCUCUGGGUGGGGAUGGACUCAUGGCUCAAGCUGUGUCCCUGACGUGGAGGGAGCGUGGGUGGCAGGAGGGGAGACUGGAAAGGUGAACACCAUCAUCUUGGGGCUUGCUGCUGGGAACUGGGAGGGUCCUGCGUCCUGCCAGCUUCUCCUCACGUGGUUCCUCUGGCCACCAAGUGGGAGGACUGUCAGGUCUUGGAGAUAGACACCACCAAAGAGGCUCCUUCAUCCCCACCACCUCAGCUGGCACUGCAGAGACAACGGGGAGCACAGAGAUUCAGUGCAUGGAGGAGCUUGGUGCCUGGUGGCCCGAAGGUAGAGGAGUGGCACUGAGUGUCGGGGCAUUGCAGAGCUGCUCUGUACGAGGCCAUGAAAAAUACAGCAUGUUCAAACUCUUUAAAAGGUGCUGGAGUAGUGUCUCUGGCUUUUUUUAAUUAAGCUUAAUGAUCAAGUUAAAAAAACCAAAACCCUGAACAUAGCUGGAUGCUGGAGCUCACAAUAACACUUAUCUUCUCCAUACAUCCAAAGUCUCUCCUUGCCUUAUUUCCAGUUCUCACUGACAUGUGCAUUAAGCACAUUUCUUACAGCAGAGCACUAGUAAAAGCUAUAGGGACAGCCAAGGAAGGUAAGCAAGAAACUGAGAAGGGUCUGAAGUCCACGGGCGAGGCAAUGCCCACAGACCUGCCAUUCUCUGAUCUCCCCCCAUCAAGGUGUCCUUUUCCUCACAUAAAAUAGACUAGACGAAUAGUUCGGGAGGAAGGAAACUACAAUGAUCAUCUAGUCCAACUGCCUGACCACUUCAGGGCUGACCAAAAGUUAAAACUUGUUAUUAAGGGAAUUGUCCAAACGCCUCUCAAACACUGACAGGCAUGGGGCAUCGACCACCUCUCGAGGAAGCCUGUUCCAGUGUUUGACCAGCCUCUCAGUAAAGAAAUGCUCCCUAAUGUCAGGUCUGAACCUCCCCGGAUGCAGCUUUCAACCAUUCCCAGGUGUCCGGUCCCUGGAUCCCAGGGAGAAGAGACCAGCACCUCCCUCUCCAUGUCCCCUCCUCAGGAAGCCACAGAGAGCAACGAGGUCACUUCUCAGCUUCCUUUUCUCCAAAUGAGACGAACCCAGAGUGCUCAGCUGCUCCUCAGAGGACAUGCCUUCCUGCUGUAGAUCAGCUCCAGAGAACUGGGAUUUUGGGGAAAUGACGUUCAAAGGACAUGCUAGACCUGGAAAUGGUGUGUGGGGGUCCCCACUCCCAGGGACCUUGCUUUGUCCUCUCCUGCUCUUAGCAGAAGAAAAGGUGAACGUAGGCAAAGGGGAACAUUGCCUGGGUCCAGUCUAGAUUUCUUCUCCAGCCAUAUUGCUGGCUGGACCCUACUCAGCUGGGCACAGGCAACAGCGCUUGUCUCCUCCAGUAGCUGGAAAGAGUCGCAGCACUGGGUCAGGCACAGAUAUCCUGCCCUGGUACUAGGGGAUGGGCUCACCAACCUCUCCGCCACGGUAUGGGGACAAGUGACAUCCCAUCGCACCUAGACUCUGCACAUCUGUGAGACCAGCAAUCCAGCAAAGCAACCCAGGGGACCAUCCAAGGAGCUAAUCCCAAAAGCAGGGGCAACUCAUGCUCUUGGCAGAGCACAGAAGAGGGGCAAAUCCUGGUAGGAAUGGACAAGGUCUCCAAAUGGCUGCCUACAUCUUGGUACCAGCACGUCCUCAGCUCCCGGUGCCAAAGCUGACGUCGUACCCACGCAGGAGGAGGGGGAGCUUACCCCUGCUGGGGCCGUGGCUCUGCAUUUACACGAGCACACUGGGAGAAAGGCAAGAUCCCACAGCUGAAGCACAAAAGCAGCUGGGUACGGGUCUGUGAAGAACUGGAAUCAAACCCAGCAGGUCACCGUGGGCUUCUGGGCACAGAGCAAAAAGAAGGGGUGGGCUUCACCCUUAAGCAAGUUAUGGCUUUCACAGAUGCUUUUUCACAACCUUCCUUUUCCAGAGGUUGUAUUAAACAUCCUAGGCAGAA